AUGGCCAGAAUGCUCCGUACUAUGCCGAAGAUUUGGAGGGUAUACGAACGGGUCCGUGGAAUAGCUUUGACGAAAGAGAGUUUCCAGUCUAUCUUCGAACUGGAAUCGGAUAUACAAACUGUAUUGAAACAAGGCUUUUGGACUUUCAAUGAUUGGGGAAUGGCGAUGGAGAGAUGGGUGGAACAUCCACCGAAAGGAGCCAUAGGCUAUGUGAAAGUGAUUGAAUGGAACCCGGAGAAAUCCUUACUACAGGACUAUGUGAGAGCCCAAGUUGUGAUGGAUCUUAGCCUUCCAGUUCGAGAGAAGAAGAGUGUAACAUUACCAAAAGGAGGCGGUACUGCAGUGGUAGAUGUAGAUUACGAGAGAAUCAGGAAGAAAUGCUUCCACUGCUUCAAAUUAUCACAUGAGAAACAUGCUUGCCGACUCCUAAAAGGCAACCCUUCUGGAAGUGCUAAAGGAAAGGAGAAACAUAAUGCCGUUAAUCUGCAAAGGCUGACACAACGUCAACACAACUCCACUCUGUCUCAGGACAUAAUGUCGUUGUUUGCUCCAUCAAUUCCCCCGGGUUUUGAACCGCCUGCAGGUCUGAUAGCUCCAGAAGUGUUUGAACAGAUGCAGUUAUACAUGAACUGUAUUGAUCCUGAAGAGAGGAGAAUUAGAGAGUUCAGAAUGAAGAAGGCGCUUGAUGACUUAUCACAAGACUCAAUUGCUCAAAGAGCAGGCCUAAGAAUAGAAGAAGCCCCAGUCUUAUCUUGUCGUCUUAAUAAAGAUAAGGGGUUAGUUUUUGAUUUCAACAGAGCUAAUGUUAAUGUUGCUCCUAAAACUGGCGAGUCCUCUAGUCACACAGAAGUACAAAGAAGUACCUUAUCGAUUGAGAUGGAGCAGGGACAGAGGUCAGUGUCAGAGACAAGGUUCAACAGAGCUCAUGCUUUGGGAAUGAUGAAUGCUCCGGCUUUUGGAGGUUUUGAGAUUGGCAGUGGCUUCUCAGCUCAGGCCGUGAAAAGUGGUGGGAAUAGAGGCACGACGAGGAAAGCGUCCUCAUGGACGCGUCGAGGAAAGCGUACUGCUCAUGCUAGCUAUAAGCCGAUGCCAAACCAUCCAAUCCGCAAUGACGACGCUCAAUUGGAACUAUCGGGGUUUGAGGAGCACAUCCUGACAGUUCGACGUCUAGAGGAGAUGUGCCGUGAGCAUCUUCCAGACUUCUUGUUUCUCCUAGAGACUAAAAACUCUAGUGAUCACAUCGAAGGCUUUAAGAGAUCGUUGGGUUACAACCACAUUUUCUUGGUGAAUCCAGUGGGUCUCAGUGGUGGGUUGGCAUUAUUUUGGAGGAAUUCACAUGAGGUAGAGAUUUUGUCAGCAAGUGACAGAAUAAUUGAUGUUAGAGUGAAGCAGAGAAUCUAG